AUGGGCGCCGACAACGACAGCACCUUCAGCCAUUUCAUCCUUAUAGGCUUCUCUGACCGGCCCCAGCUGGAGAGGGUCCUCUUCGCCAUCAUCCUGCCCGCCUACCUCCUGACCCUGCUAGGCAACAGCACCAUCAUCCUGGUGUCCAGGCUGGACCCGCAUCUGCACACCCCCAUGUACUUCUUCCUCACACACCUGUCCUUCCUGGAUCUCAGCUUCACCAGUAGCUCCAUCCCACAGCUGCUCUAUAACCUCAGCGGGCCGGACAAGACCAUCAGCUAUGUGGGCUGUGCUCUGCAGCUGGUCCUGUUCCUGGGCCUGGGGGGUGUGGAGUGCCUGCUGCUGGCUGUCAUGGCCUAUGACCGCUUUGUGGCAGUCUGCAAGCCCCUGCACUACAUGGUCAUCAUGAGCCCCAGACUCUGUAUGGGCUUGGUCUCAGUGGCCUGGAGCUGCGGGGUGGCCAAUUCCUUGGCUAUGUCUCCGGUGACCCUCAGCCUACCCCGCUGCGGGCACCGCAGGGUAGACCACUUCCUCUGCGAGAUGCCAGCUCUCAUCAGGACAGCUUGUGUCAACACCGUCGCAGUGGAAGGCACUGUCUUCGUCCUGGCAAUAGGUAUCGUGCUGUCACCCCUGGUGUUCAUCUUGGUCUCCUAUGGCUACAUCGUGAGAGCAGUGUUGCGAAUCCGCUCCGCUGCAGGGCGGCAGAAGGCUUUCAAUACCUGUGGCUCGCAUCUCACUGUGGUCUCGCUUUUCUAUGGGAAUAUCAUCUACAUGUACAUGCAGCCAGGGAACAGCUCCUCCCAGGACCAGGGCAAGUUCCUCACCCUCUUCUACAACAUUGUCACCCCUCUCCUCAACCCUCUGAUCUACACCCUCAGGAACAAGGAGGUGAAGGGAGCGCUCAGGAGGCUGCUGCUGGGUAGCCGAGAGAUAGGGGAAGUAAGGGCUGGUUCCAGACAGACCAGAGGCAAGCUGUCUUGGUGA